AUGUCUGUAAGAAUCAAAUACACUAGUAUAAUAGAGGCAACAACAGGAUUAAAAUCAUUGAGUUUAUCAAGAAAGAAUAUAUUAGCAUUGGGAAGUGGAGAGGAGGAAGAUUGGUUGUUAUUAAAUGAAGUGGAUGCUUAAUUUAAUUUACAUCCUAUUUAGAUUGGUAAAAUGGAAAAGAGAAUGAUUUCAUAAUUAGCAUGGUCUCCAUCUGGAACAUAUUUAGCAACAAGUAAUGAUAAAUUAAUUGUUUGGUAAUUCAAUGGCGCCAAUUUAUCUAUUUAUCGAACAUAUUAAGGACAUAAAUUAGAAAUUACUGCAUUAUGUUGGUCGCCCGAUGAUUAAAGAAUAGCUACUGCAUCAUUAGAUGGAAAUAUCUUUAUUUAUCAUAUCAAAUAAGAUGGAAUAUAACAUAAAAUUGAUUGUGGUUAAAAAACAGUUGGAAUAUGUUGGGAUCCAUUUGAUAAAUACAUUGUUUCGUUAAAAUUUGAUAAUACAGUAAUCACACAUUAAUAUACAAGGUCAAUUUUUAUAAAAUUGAUAAUUGGAAAUAGGAAAUUACUAUUUCCCUCCAAAUAUAAGGAAAAUAAUGUACAACUAAAAGAGAAGAUAGAAAAUUAGAUUGGAGUGUAGAUUGUAGAUAUUUGGCUAUUCCAAAUUUAGAUGAUAAAGUAUUAAUUUUAUAAUCUAUAGACAAUCCCAACUGUAGCUAUUUUAGAUAGAAAUUAAAAUUUUUAAGUUGUUAGAACUAUAGUGGGUCCAUUCUCAUCAAUUAAUGUUGUUAGAUUCUCACCCAUGUUAUUUAAGAAUUCUAAUUCUAAUGAAUAUUUCAGUGUUUUUGCUAUUGGUGACAAUGAUGGUAAUAUAAGUUUAUGGUAAAUUAAUGAAAAUUAAGUUGAUGAAUAACCAUUCCUUUUAAUUAAAGGACAUAAAAAAGCUGAAGAACUUAUAGAGGAUAUUACUUGGAAUUAAAAUGGAACAGUUCUUAUGGCUACAACUUCUAAAAAAUAUAUUAUAAUAAUUGAUUUUUAAAUGAGUUUAGGUUAAACUUUAACUGAAAAUGAAAAGUAACAAUAAAUUAAGAAUCUUUAUGGAAAUCUUAAAAAUACUGUUAAAUAAAUUAGAUUUUAUUAACCAAAAAUUAAUGAAAAUAUAAAAUUUGCAGACAUGUAGAUUGAACAAAUGCAUGUUUAAGAUGAACUCAAAAAUUAAAUUCCUGAUAGUACUAUAUAAUAAAGAGAAAUUCCUAAACCAAUAUAAACUUAAUUUAAACAGAUAAUUGUUGAUGGGAAAAAAAAGUUAAUUCCUUUAGAAAUCAAUUCUUCUGAACCUGUUGUAAAAAAAGUUGAACAACAAUUACCAUUAUUGGUUAUAUAAUAAUAUGAGGUAUUACCUAAGAGUUAUUCUUUUUAAAUGAAUAAGAAAACUCUAUUAUUAGAAGUUCAAAAAUAAUAACAAAGAAUAUUCAAUUAAGCAGUUUACGGAACUUUGAUUAGAUGUAUUGAGAAUAAUGUACCUAAAUGGAUAGAUUAUGUAGAUGGUUAAAUAAAGACUAUAUAAUACAAUGAUGAUCAUAUAGUUAUUUACACUGAUUAGGCAUUACUUUAUAUUGAGAAUCAUAAAGGAAUGAGAUAAGAAGCACCAUUUAUUUUACCAUUUUUAAGUUAAAUUGUUUUGAGUCCUAAAAAUCAUAUUUUAUGUCUUUAAAAUACUGGGGAAUUUAAAGUUAUUGAUUUAAAAUAAAAAGUUAUAUCUUAUGAAGGAGAUAUUAAAAUACUUAUGUAGCAUGUAUAUGAAUGGAUGGAUAAAAAAUAAUAACUUAAUGAAGAUGAAAAGAAAGGUAAAUAAAGCAUUGAUCCUUUGAUUAAAGCAAAUCUUAAAAUUGACACUGAAGGUUAUCCUUUAGUAGAAUUUCUAUUUAAAGAUUAUUGUGUUUAUACGUAUCAUAAAUAAUUAAGAUAAUGGAUUAAAACUAAAUAAAUUGAUGUUAAGUAAUUAUAUUCUAUUAAUAUUUAUUAGCAAUCAAAAUAUUGAUAUUAAGAAUCUAUAGAAAUUUAAUUUUAAUGAAUAUUAAACUCCUCCAAAUAAUGAUGCUCAGAUAUAUAAGAGAUUGAUCUAAAAAACUACUAUUGAUGAUGCAAUUAAUGAUAUUCAAUAUAUAUCUAAAUUGGAAGAAUAAUUAAAAAUAUUUUGGUCUAAUGGAGAUAUUAAAACAUAUGAGAAAGCAUUAUAUACUUAUAUAAAGAAAGUAAUUAGUUAAAUUAAAUAAAUUAGUUAUGUGAUACUUGGCCUAACAAUUAAGAGAAAUUAUCGAAUAUUAUUGAAACAAUGAUUACUAAUUAAAAUUCAGCUGAAUAUAAAUAUUUAAGUGAAAGAGUGUAAGAUAUGGAGGAACUGAAAAAAAAAAUCAUUUAUAUUCUCCAACAAUUUCCAUAAACUAGAGAUCUAAUAUUGUGUCUUUUUCCAGAUCAUUUCUGA